GUGGCAGCAUCGAUGUAAACACUCCCUAUGAGUCAGCUGUAAAUUCAAUUCAAAUCCCCAGUCUCCUUGUCUUCCCGGCUCAUCAUGGUUACCACCAAAAUGACUGCUGCUUUUAGAAACCCUAAUAGGAGACAGGUGGCGACAGACAAGGUGGCAGAGAAGCUGAGUUCUACUCUCUCAUGGGUGAAGAACACAGUGUCGCAUACAGUCAGUCAGAUGGCCAGUCAGGUGGCAAGUCCAUCUGCUUCAUUACACACUACAUCCUCGUCUACCACCCUGUCAACACCAGCGCUUUCCCCAUGUUCCCCGUCAAAGUUGAGUCCAGACGACUUAGAACUCCUGGCUAAGCUAGAAGAACAGAAUCGAUUGAUAGAGACUGAUAGUAAGUCUUUAAGAUCUGUAAAUGGGUCAAGAAGAAACAGUGGCUCUUCUCUUGUAUCAAGUUCAUCAGCCUCCAGCAACCUCAGUCACCUGGAAGAGGACUCUUGGAUUCUUUGGGGAAGAAUUGUGAAUGAAUGGGAUGAUGUACGCAAGAAGAAAGAAAAGCAAGUGAAGGAGCUUGUUCGUAAAGGAAUACCUCACCACUUUAGAGCAAUAGUUUGGCAACUUUUAUGUAAUGCACAGAGUAUGCCAAUUAAGGACCAGUACUCAGAACUCCUGAAAAUGACUUCACCUUGUGAAAAAUUGAUCCGAAGAGACAUUGCUAGAACUUACCCAGAACACAAUUUUUUUAAGGAAAAGGAUAGCCUUGGACAGGAGGUUUUAUUUAAUGUAAUGAAGGCGUACUCCUUGGUGGAUCGUGAGGUUGGUUACUGUCAAGGCAGUGCUUUUAUAGUUGGAUUGUUGCUUAUGCAGAUGCCAGAAGAAGAAGCUUUUUGUGUAUUUGUUAAAUUAAUGCAAGACUACAGACUUCGUGAACUUUUUAAACCAAGUAUGGCAGAAUUGGGCCUUUGUAUGUACCAGUUUGAGUGCAUGAUACAGGAGCAUCUUCCAGAGCUCUUUGUACAUUUUCAAUCUCAGAGUUUCCAUACAUCAAUGUAUGCAUCAUCCUGGUUUCUGACUGUCUUUCUUACAACUUUCCCAUUACCAAUUGCAACAAGGAUAUUUGAUAUCUUUAUGUCUGAGGGUUUAGAAAUAGUGUUUCGAGUAGGAUUAGCACUUCUUCAAAUGAAUCAGGCGGAAUUAAUGCAACUUGACAUGGAAGGGAUGUUACAGCAUUUUCAGAAGGUCAUUCCACAUCAGUUUGAUGGUGGCCCAGAAAAAUUAAUCCAGUCAGCUUACCAAGUCAAAUACAACUCGAAAAAAAUGAAAAAACUCGAAAAAGAAUACACUACAAUAAAAACAAAAGAAAUGGAAGAGCAGGUUGAAAUUAAAAGGUUACGCACAGAAAAUAGGCUUUUAAAACAGCGCAUUGAAACGUUAGAAAAAGAAAGUGCUUCCUUGGCAGAUAGAUUGAUACAGGGACAAGUGACAAGAGCCCAGGAGGCUGAGGAAAACUACCUCAUAAAACGGGAGUUGGCCACCAUCAAACAGCAGAGUGAUGAGGCCAGCGCUAAGCUGGAGCAGGCUGAAAGCACCAUCAGGGAGCUCCGGCACCAUCAUCACUGGCAUAAAUGCAGUGCCACCUACAAUGAAGAUUUUGUGCUACAGCUGGAGAAGGAAUUGGUCCAAGCCAGACUGAGUGAAGCCGAGUCUCAGUGUGCACUGAAGGAGAUGCAGGACAAAGUGUUGGAGAUAGAGAAGAGGAACAACUCAUUUCCUGAUGAGAAUAACCUUGCGAGGCUUCAGGAGGAGCUCAUCGCUGUGAAGCUGCGAGAAGCUGAGGCCAUUAUGGGUUUGAAAGAACUUCGGCAGCAAGUCAGAGAUCUGGAAGAACACUGGCAACGGCAUUUAGCUCGAACUUCUGGAAGAUGGAAGGACCCACCGAAGAAAAAUGCUGUGAAUGAGUUACAAGAUGAACUAAUGAGCAUUCGUCUUAGAGAAGCAGAGACACAGGCAGAAAUAAGAGAAAUGAAGCAAAGGAUGAUGGAAAUGGAAACACAGAACCAGAUUAAUAGUAACCAACUUCGAAGAGCAGAACAAGAGGUGAACAGUCUUCAGGAGAAGGUGCAUUCUCUUUCUGUGAAGAACAAAGGGUUGCUUACCCAGUUGAGUGAGGCAAAGCGCAGACAGGCAGAGAUUGAAUGCAAGAACAAGGAAGAAGUCAUGGCUGUGAGACUCCGGGAAGCUGACAGCAUGGCUGCCGUGGCUGAGCUGCAGCAGCACAUCGCCGAGCUGGAGAUCCAGAGAGAAGAGGACGAGUUCCAUGGAGAGCUCAGCAGGUCCGACUCUCACCAGUACGUUAGGGAGCUGCAGGAUCAGAUAGCAGAGCUGACUCAUGAGCUCAGGUGCCUAAAAGGCCAGAGGACCUUCUCCAGCCAGCCACCUUUUGAUGGUAUCCACAUUGUCAGCCAUUUGACAGGAGAUGACGAAUCGCUCCACUCGUCGGAUGAAGACUUUAUAGACAGUUCCUUACAGGAAAGGGGCAUUGCUUUUCCUUCGUGCAGAAAACCGGGCUCGACAUCUCUGGGUCCCACUUUGGCAGAUGGCAGUGAGAGCGAAACAGAAGACCGUGUGCUGCGAACUCCACAGGGUGACCGCGAGCUCCCAAAGGGACAGCCCCCCCAAAGGGAGUCCUACUCAACCACUGUCUGAUCAUCACUGUGACAGCUGGAGGUCGUGGGACAGACCACCCUGUGUCCUGUGUACAUUUAUGUCUGUUUUCACAGCCUCGUAUGACCGUCUUUGCCAAAUGUUCGCUGAGUUUCCGUUACCACAGUAGACUGGAGUAUGCUAGUUGUUGGCAAAUGGGUUGUAACAGUAUUACAGAAUAUUAAUUUUUCUCAUUUAGAAAAUACUGCUAGGUUUAAUUGUAAGAACCAUUUUAAAAUUCAGGACUGUGGGAAAUUGGAUUUUCUUUAAACGAAACUGCUCUUGUGCAAUAUGUUAUCCUCAUUGAACAAACUACAUUUGUGUUUAUCAAUUUGUUUCCAAGGUGGCUGUCUCUAGACAUCUGACCAAAACAUACAGGUGAUUGAACUUGUAUUUUGAGGUUUUUUUUUUUUUCACUAAAAUGGCAGCUCUGUUAGUAGGUCAUUGAAUAUUGUCAAACACAAACAGUUUUUUUCUGUAUAAUUUCUAAACACAAAGUAAUUAUUGUCUAUUCUGAAAGUUUUUGUUUCAGUUUUAUCUGUAUCAUACUUCUGUGUGUUAGUCAGAAUAGUAGCAGGUUAACUACAGAUAUAUUACUUGUACAUAUUUAUAAAUCAGUGUCACCCAGCAUUGGACAUCCUCUGCAUGAGGAGCAAAUGUUGACAAUGACUGCUUUCAGCAUUCUAACAGGACUUCUGUAAAUAGUAGGUUAAAAGAAAACUAAGUACGGACCGGACACUACUGUUCUAGCAGCUGUAGUAACCUUUACUCGGCAUUCCACACUAGCGGACUCGUAACUGAUUGCUGUUCAAACACUACUGGUGAAGUCCUUUACUCCAUCUGUAACUAAUAAACUUCAAGAUUAAAGAGGUUCUACCACGUGCUAUGUCACGGUAAUCUAUUUAAUAUAAUUUAGCUCUAGGAUAAGUUCCAAGAUUGGAAAAAUAUCUAUGAGUAUUGUAUUUAAAUUCUCUAGUUUCUAAUUGACAGGUAAAGCCAUAAGAACUCUUCUUAGUCCUUUCUUUGUAUUAUUUAGACUUUUUCUCUAGAAAACUGAAUGCUUGUUAUUUGUAAACUGAGAAACAGCACUCACCUGUGGAAAGGCUGCCAACGUGUGUUGACUGGGUAUUUUCCACCCACAUUUUUUGUUAGUAGCCUGAGCCAUGGAGGAAAAGAGAAUUUAGUAUGUAUGGAAGUACAUUUUUGCACAGAAUGUUGCAUACAUAGAGAAAAAUAUUUUAUGAAAUGGAGAAGAAGAAAUAGAAGUAGUUUUCUUUCUAAAACUGUGUAACGCCUUACGCUGCAUUAUGGGCCAGGCUUUCCCAGUGAGGGUCCUAACUGCUCUCUUGCCUGACAGACAGGAUUGGAAACAUGCCUUCUGUGUCCAGAGCACCCAAUUUACCUGUAAUUACAAGCUAGUUAAUUAAGAUAUUAAUUCAGAUCUCUUGCUAGACUUCUAAAGAUCUAGCGAAUGAGUUUUUCAGUUCCCUGCUCCCUGGCAGUGUUACUUAAAUAAUUUGCAUUUAAAUCUGUUUCCUAAGUAUCUCCUAUAGAGAUGGGUGUUCAUUAGCAGUCAAGUUUCUCAGUCAGUAAGAGAGGACACAGCACUACCAGAGGCUGGUCCUUUAGGGUUCGCCCUUGUGGUCCAGUACUGUGAUUCCAAGAGACUGUCAAUAGCCCAGUGAAGUAAGAGGACUUGUGGCCCUGUGCUUUUUUGUUUUUAUCUAGACCCUCUCCCUCAUCAAGAAACCUCAGUGGGCUAGAAGUAUAGCUUGGAAGUUAGAAUGCUUACCUAAAAUGCCCAAGACCCUGUGUUCAAUCCCAAGCACCACCAAAAGACAGACAAGCUCAGGGAAUUUUCUAGUACUCUUUCUGGUUUGGAACUAGGUGUAAAAGAACCCUGGUCAUUAAACCUUAAUUCAUUGAUGCUCUUGUGAUUUGUACAGUGGAAAAUUAGAAGCAACAUCCAGUCAAGCCAGGUGCAGACCUACAGUCCCAGCUGCUCAGGAUGCUUGAGUACAGGACCAGCCUGGGUAACAUCGUAAGACUCUGUCUCAAAAACUUUUUUAAUUCAUGUACACCUUAGACAUAAAUCUUUCUGGGUUCAGUAGGAUGUUGUGCCUCAAUCUGACUCCAUUUCAUUCAAAUUAAUAUAAGUAUAUUGUUUAAGACUUUGAAGCAUUGGACUGUGUCCUACUGAUGAAUUUAUUUCAUUGAAGGAAGUUUUGUGGGAGUAAAUGGGAUGACAGAUGAUGGAAAACCUUGCUUUCUUGGGAUAGUGACCUUCCUGGUACCCUUACCACUCCAGGUGACACUAAAAGACAAGACUGUAAGCCCAGACAUGAGGAUCAAGAAAGACUCCAUCAGACUUACUUUCCUAGUACUGGGGUUGGAACCCAGGGCCUUACACAGGGUGGGCAAGCUCUCUGCCACUGAGCCACACCCAAGUCUGACUUCUUCAAAAUCAAUGUAUACAUUUUCUUUAUGGAAAAUGAGGCCAAAGAGAUUGUUUUAUACAACUUCUACUCUGGUUUUUGUUUGGAUUUUUUUUUUUUUUUUUUGGCCCGUUGGCAGCCCCUCGGCAUUCGCUGAUUGAUUGAAACAUCAUAUUCCAGCUAACUGGCCAUUUAUGUUUUAAAAAAAAUCCCAAACCUUUCUCAGCCUUGAACACAAUGCAGCUUGUUGAUUUCCAGGCAGUGCCUUUGAUUGAAAAUAACGUCUGCUUUUGAAGUAUGUUAUUCCUGGCAUCACAAAAAGUCAUCUGGUUCCCCAUUCACCAUUUGCAUAAUGCACUAUAAUAUUCAAAUUUUUAAAAAUUAAGGAUAUCAAUUAUGUUUUGUUAAGCUUUUCAUGGCUAGCGUGGUUAUCACAUAGUACCAAGUCAUUGAUGACCAGCAUUUGUAGAAUCAGUAGUUUCCUUUCUAAAGCAGUGAGUUUUAGCCUGAAGGUUUUUGCUGCUCUAGAUUAGCAAGCAAUUAUAAUUUAAAAUUAAUUUCUUUUUAAUUCUGAAAUUAGUUAAAAUUUCUGAUUGAAAGUAGGGUAGAUGCUAUUUAAAAUUCAGAUUUUUACAUUACAUCCAUAGAUCUGCAUACCUCUUCACUUCAGAGAAGAGAUAACACAGUAAUACAGUGGAUGUGCAAAGUGUGUUUCAUUGAACUGUUGGAUUUUUUAUUGUAGCACUGUAUGAUAACCUAAAAAUGUUUACUUGUGCCUUUGCUUUAAACAAUUAAAGUUUCUCAUUUUACAAGA